AUGUUCACACAAGCAACUCGCUCGCUGCUCCGCGCAGCCCCCGUGGCCCGCAGCCCCCUUUCCGUGUGCGCGCGCACUGCCUUCAGCACCUACUCGGCCAACUCGCUCAUCUCGAGAAUGUCGCAAAUGUCGCUCGCCAGACCCGUCGCAUCGCCCACAAAGAGCCUGGUGGCUUUCCAACAGACAAGAGGAAUGAAGGUCCGAAGUUCGGUCAAGAAGCUGUGCGACGGUUGCAAGGUACGGACAGUCAUAGCAAAUCGUGCUGGGAGGAGACACCAGCGUUGGAGAAAGAGAACAGUAUACUGA